CACUGAGACUGAGGCACACAGACCCGAGUGAGAGUGUCCCAGUGAACUGACUGUGAGAAGAGAUUUAACUGGUUACACAGCCUGAAAUAGCAACACCCCAUUUGCAGCAGCGAGAGACAAUACGUAGUGUGAGUGAUCUUUCAGCCGAAUGUCGAAGCUGGAGAGAGACCAGGAUUCCCACGACGUGGAGAAACCGUGGAAAUGUGGGGACUGUGGGAAGGAAUUCAAAUUCCCGUACUUGCUUGACAGCCAUCGCCGCCAUCACACCGGGGAGAGACCAUUCACCUGCCUCGUGUGUGGGAAGGCAUUCACUCAGUCCUCUGCCUUGCUGACCCACCAGCGGGUCCACACCAGGGAAAGGCCGUUCUCCUGCUCUGUCUGCGAGAAGCGCUUCAGCGAUUCAUCUGCCCUACGGAGACACCGGUGGGUCCACACCGGGGAGAGGCCAUUCUUCUGCUCCGUCUGUGGGAAGGCGUUCACCCAAUCACGCAUCCUGCAGAGACACCAGCAUGUCCACACCGGGGAGAGACCAUUCACCUGCUCCAUGUGUGGGAAAGCCUUCAUUGAUUCAUCUUCCCUGCUGACCCACCAGCAGAUUCACACCGGGGAGAGGCCAUUCUCCUGCUCCAUCUGCAGGAAGGGAUUCAGCUGUUCAUCCGACCUGCACAAGCACCGGCGGAUUCACACCGGGGAGAGGCCGUUCACCUGCUCCGUCUGUGGGAAAGGAUUCAGCUUGUCAUCCAAUCUGUACAAGCACCGGCGGAUUCACACCGGUGAGAGGCCGUUCACCUGCUCCGAGUGCGGGAAGAGAUUCACCCAUUCGUCUGCACUGUGGAGACACCAGCGCAUCCACACCAAAGAGCGACCAUUCUCCUGCUCCGUGUGUGGGAAGGGGUUCAAUAAUUCAUCCGUCCUGCAGAGGCAUCAGCGUGUCCACACCGGGGAGAGACCAUUCUCCUGCACAGUGUGUGGGAAGGGGUUCAAUAAUUCAUCCGUCCUGCAGAGGCAUCAGCGUGUCCACACCGGGGAGAGACCAUUCUCCUGCACAGUGUGUGGGAAGGGGUUUAUUGACUCAUCUUCCCUGUGGAAACACCAACCUGUCCACACCGGGGAGAGGCCGUUCACCUGCUCCGAGUGUGGGAAAGGAUUCGCUACUUCUUCCAACCUGCUGACACACCAGCGGGUUCACACUGGGGAGAGACCAUUCAUCUGCUCCGUCUGCGGGAAGGGGUUCAUUGAUUCAUCUUCCCUGCGGAAACACCAGCACAUUCACACAGGGGAGUGGCCUUUCACGUGCUCCGAGUGCGGGAAGGGAUUUGCUAAUUCCUCCAGCCUGCAGAGACACCAUCGGGUUCACACCGGGGAGAAGCCGUUCCUCUGCUUUCAGUGCGGGAAGGGAUUUAGUCAGUCAUCCCAUCUGCUCAAACACCAGUCCAGUCAUACUGAGUAGAGAAUGUUUGGAUUCUUUGUGGGUUUGACAUGUGUUAGUAUUCAAGAAGGCAUGCACUCACUGGUCAUGUCAGCACCUACCAGGACACACUUACUCAUUUGGAACAUGCAAUGGAGUCGGGAUGUAUAUACGUGUCAUGUUUGACUCUGUGAAGAAAUCUACCUCCUGUAAAGAUUGGCUCCAGUUUCUCCCUUCCCCACAAAGGAUGGUAACAUGUCAGGACGGUAACGUGUGUGAGAUAUUGUAUUAAAGGUCUUUUUGCUAACCCAUUCACAAAUACUUUUUUUUACUUAUUCAUAAGUCUUUACUAACCUGCUCACA